AUGGGUCUCCUCGGCAAGUUCAGCCGCAAGAAGAAGCAGGAGCCCGGCGCAAACGAGCCCCACAACGCCAUCGCCUCGGCGCCCGCAGAGCCCAAGCAGGCAGAGGCCCAGGAGCAGCACGCCGAGGCACAGGAGCAGCACGCCGUCAACGAGGCCACCGGUGCCUCGGCUGAGCCCGCCUUUGACCCCAAGAAGGUCACCGUCGUCUUUGUCCUCGGCGGGCCCGGCGCCGGCAAGGGCACCCAGUGCGAGCGCCUCGUCAGGGACUAUGGAUUCGUCCACCUCAGCGCUGGCGACCUCCUCCGCGCCGAGCAGCAGCGCGAGGGCUCCCAGUACGGCGCCAUGAUCGCCGACUACAUCAAGGAAGGCAAGAUUGUGCCGAUGGAGGUGACGGUGGCGCUGCUGCAGAACGCCAUCGGCGAGGCGCUCGCCAAGCAGGGCGCUACGGCCGCCGGCCACUCUGUGCCCGACGAGCACAAGGACAAGUGGGUCGAUGGCAAGGGACGCUUCCUCGUCGACGGCUUCCCGCGCAAGAUGGACCAGGCCAUCAAGUUUGACGAGACCGUGUGCCCCUCGCGCUUUGUCCUCUUCCUGCACUGCACCGAGGCCGUCAUGCUCGAGCGCCUCCUCGAGCGCGGCAAGACGAGCGGCCGCGCCGACGACAACGUCGAGUCGAUCAAGAAGCGCUUCCAGACGUUUGUCGACACCUCGAUGCCCGUCGUCGAGCACUACCGCCAGCAGGACCGCGUCGUCGAGGUCGACUCGAUUGCCAGCGUCGACGACGUCUACGCCCAGAUCAAAAAGGCCAUGGACGAGACGUUUGCCAAGCUCGGCAACUGA